AUGUUGAGCCGUUUGAUCGCCGUGUCCCUCUCAGCAUUGUUAUUUCUCACAUUUCUGUUGCAUCUCAGGAUACCAGGGUCAUGGCUAUUGCAGAAGGCACCUGCAAAGGUCACGCAGUCUCGCAAGCACACCGCAUUCGACGACCCCAAAAUCGAUUGGGCACGGCGACCUCAGAAAUAUCCUUCGUCUAAGGUGUACUCACUUCCCAGGCCGGCUCUGACCCAUCUUCCACGGAUUCAAUUUGACUUCUCAAAUCAAACAGAAUCUGCCGCGGAGGCUGCAACGCGAAGACAGCGGCUCGCUCAAGUGAAAGGUGCUCUGAAGCGCUCCUGGCAGGCGUAUCAACUCAAAGCAUGGAUGAAGGACGAACUGGCACCGGUGUCCGGCAGCCACAAGACCACCUUUGGAGGCUGGGCCGCGACUCUGGUGGAUACACUGGACACUCUGUGGAUCGCCGGCCUCAGAGAUGAGUUUUACGAAGCCGUGGAUGCUGCAAUGGAGAUUGACUUCUCGAACUCUGCCAUGAGGGAGAUCAAUGUAUUCGAGACUACGAUACGCUAUCUGGGAGGAUUCAUCGCGGCUUACGAUCUCUCUGGCGACAAGCGUCUCCUCCAAAAGGCUGUGGAACUUGCGCAUCUUCUCUACGCUUCAUUCGACACCCCAAACCGCCUGCCUGUACUUCGAUGGAACUUCCGUCACGCACAGCAUCAUCUCGGCCAGACAGCCACCAAACCGGUCCUCCUUGCGGAGAUCGGCUCACUGUCACUGGAAUUCACUCGCUUGUCGCAGAUCACCAACGAUCCCAGGUGGUAUGAUGCUAUCCACAGGAUCAUGGCGCUGUUUGAGCAAGAACAGCACAAGACGGCGCUCCCCGGGAUGUGGCCAGUUGAAGUGAAUGCCGAAGACGCAGACUUCCAUACUGGCUACCUGUUCUCUCUUGCCGCCUGGGCUGACUCUAUGUACGAAUACCUGCCUAAGAUGUAUGCUCUGCUUGGCGGAUCAGAUCAGUAUGCCAGGAUGUGGGAGUCAGCCGCGGAUACUGCGAUCAAAUACUCCCUCUACCGGCCCUUAAUUAGAGAGAAUAUAACGGUGCUCAUGGCUGGGACGGUAAUGGUAGAAGGGGACAAUGUUUCCUUGCAGCCGGAACUUCAGCAUCUUGUUUGCUAUGCAGGUGGCAUGUUUGCUCUUGGUGGGCGUUUACUAGGGAAUCAAAGCCACGUCGAUAUUGGACGGAAGCUGACCGACGGAUGUGCAUGGGCUUAUGAGAAGACCGAGACCGGCAUUAUGCCAGAGACAUCAAAUCUCAUACCAUGCGCCAUAGGCGAACCGUGCAAAUGGGACUCCGAGAAGUGGCAUGCGGCCGUGUUGGAAGAUGCAUCGCCCGAGGAUAAGGAGGCGGGAUUGAGCGCCGGGGAGAUCAUCGAGGCCCAGCACUUGCCGCAUGGAUUUUCAGCAAUCACCAACCCCAGCUAUCGCUUGCGACCAGAAGCCAUCGAAAGCGUCUUCAUUCUGUAUCGCAUCACUGGCAAUAAGACGCUGCAAGACACAGCUUGGAAUAUGUUCCGAAGCAUUCAUGCACACACAAGAACCGACCUCGCGCAUGCCGCUCUCACUGAUGUGAGAAACACCACGGCCCCGCGGGAAGAUACGAUGGAAAGCUUCUGGUGAGUCGAAGCUCGGUGUUGUUCUGGGCCAUGUCGGCAUGACUAACUCUUUCGGAUAGGACCGCUGAGACGCUCAAGUACUUCUACUUGACCUUUGCGGAGCCCGACCACAUUAGCCUGGACGAAUACGUUUUCAAUACGGAAGCACAUCCCUUCAGACUCCGCACCGCCGCCUCACGGAAGAGUGGCCUGAGAUGGCAAUGGAAAGCAGGAUGA